UGUAUAUUAACAAACUCUUCAAGAUUUAGCAAAUAAUGGUGGUUUCAUCCUGCCAUUGUCUCUUGACAUUUUGAAAAGUUGUCUUGAAAAUAUAACGGAAAAAUGGAGGACAACGAUUGUAAAACUGAUCAACUUCAAAUGUUGCAUAAACCUACACAGGGAGGUUUGUCAAGAAAUGAUGUUACAGAUGAAAGUUGUCACAUGCAAACAAAAUGUGAGGCAGACAUACAUAGUCAACAAGGUGUUUACUCACAAAAUCAUAAUUCUGUGCAGACACACAAUGGAAUGUUUAAUAUGGCAUCAGGGUACAACCAAUACUCGGCAGGCUUUUCUUCAGGGAAUACAACAUUUACAUACCAACAGAACGGGGGCGUACAUUUCUCACAGUGGCCAGCACAGCCAGCUGGGAGCUGGGACCCAGCAAUGUCCCUGUGGGCCCGUGUACAGCGUCUCGAAGAUGAUAUCAUAAAACGGAUUCAGUCACAGUAUGGACAGCACUUCCCGAUCGAAGUGCGCCACUACUGUGCUCAGUGGUUGGAGGAACAACCAUGGUCUCAGAUCGAGGAAGACAAUCCUGCCCACGAAGUUUACGCUCAUCAGGUAUUAUCACACCUGAUCAAGGCCAUCCACAUACAGAUAAAUGAGUUUCCUAACAGCAGUGAAAGCUUCUUACAGAAGAUGGUCCUUCAGGAGGCAGCCACUAAACUCCAGGCCCUGUACAGCACUUCACCAUUGCUACUGGUCAAGGAGAUCAAAAGCUGUUUGGCUCAAGAGGAAAGAUUUGUACACCAGGCAGAAAAUCCGGUACAGAAUCAGGACACAAUGAAUGAUCAGCUUCAAACAACAGAGAUCCACAAGAAGAUUGUAGAAAUGAUCGAGAGUUGUCGAGAGAAAACACAGCAAACAGAGACUUACCUGAAACAGUUGCAGAAUCUUCAAGAGUCGUUUGUGAUUCAGUACCAAAACCAGGUCAAGGUUAACGCCCAGAUUCAACAGGUUGAGAAACAGAAUAAGGAGCUGGGCCUACUUGCGCCAGGAUUGGACGGAAAUGAUAUCGCAGAAAGCAUGACGCCCCAGCAGUACCAACAGGUCGUACAGAACAAUGUACAGGUGGAGAAGAAACUACGCAAACAGAAGGAAGACUUAGAACGGGACUUGCUCUGCAAGGCAGAAGAACUGCUUCAGUGUCGUCUGAUACUUGCUGACAAACAUCGCGACACCUUUGAUGGCCUGGAAGAACUUCAGAAGAUGGUGGUUGAUAAAGAACUUAUCGCAUGGAAACGUAAACAGCAGUUGUCGGGCAAUGGGGUUCGAUUUGACACCCAGCUGUUGGAUGUCCUUCAACAGUGGUGUGAGGCCCUGGCCGAAAUGAUCUGGAAGAACCGACAACAGAUCCUCGGAGUGGAGAUACUCCGUCAAAAGCUUCCUAUAGACAUCCCUAACGGAACCCCCGACCUGGUCCCUGAACUCAACCAGAAAAUCACAGGUCUCCUCUCCUCUCUAGUCACAAGCACAUUCAUUGUGGAAUGUCAGCCACCUCAGGUCUUAAAGAAAGAGUCACGGUUCACAGCCACUGUCCGCUUACUGGUGGGAGGUAAACUCAACAUCCACAUGUCGCCACCCACUGUGAAAGCAUCUAUAAUCAGUGAACAUCAAGCGAAAGCAUUGCUCAAAAAUGACUCCCAUGCUAAGAAUGACACGAGUGGUGAGAUACUGAACAACAACGGGACGAUGGAGUACCACCAAGCCAAGGGGGAGCUCAGCAUCACCUUCCGUAACAUGUCGCUGAAGAAGAUUAAACGAGCAGACAAGAAAGGCUCAGAGGCAGUGACAGAGGAGAAGUUCUGUGUGUUGUUCCAGUCAGACUUCCAGAUUGGCAGUGGAGAGCUCAUGUUUCAGGUUUGGACAUUAUCCUUACCGGUUGUCGUAACUGUCCAUGGUAACCAGGAAUGUAACGCCAUGGCAACAGCUCUGUGGGACAACCAGUUUGCUGAGCCAGGCCGGACCCCAUUUACAGUACCUGAUACUGUCCCGUGGUGUCAGAUGGCUGAACUCCUCAAUGGUAAAUUCCAGGCUGCUACUGGUCGCGGGCUGACUGCAGAGAAUCUUUCCUACCUGGCUAACAAAGCGUUUGGUCAGAUCAAACCAGGUGAAGACUUCUCACAGCGUUCAAUAACAUGGUCCAUGUUCAACAAAGAUGCUUUGUCCGCUCGGAACUUCACAUUCUGGGAGUGGUUCUAUAAUGUCAUGAAGCUUACAGAGGAACACCUCAAACAACCUUGGAUGGAUGGGUCCGUGAUAGGGUUUGUCAGCAAGAACUCUGCACAGGAAUGGUUGAUGACCAAACCAAAUGGAACUUUCCUGUUACGGUUCAGCGACUCGGAGACGGGAGGGAUCACAAUAGCGUGGGUAGCCGAUGAUCCUUCAAAACCAGGAGAGAGAGCAGUGUGGAACUUGGCUCCGUACGGCCGCAAAGACUUCAUGAUCCGCAGUUUAUCUGACCGCAUCAAGGACUUAGAUGCCCUUGUAACCCUGUAUCCAAAUAUGCCUAAAUCACAGGCCUUUGGAAAGUAUUACACAGCUGUGUCAGAAAAACAUCAUGCUGUGAAAGAUGGAUAUGUACCCUGCACACUGGUAGCCAAAUUACCUGACAGUCUGGCAAGUGCAGCGCCGAUGGACUUCAAUAAUCCCCAGACUCCACAAAGCUCACAUCUCAGCCCCGACUCUCCCACCUACGAGUCAAACAAUGUUGCCAUGAACCAGAAUCAUUUGCAGCCAAUCGAGGAGGAUAUGGAUCUUUUGUUAUCAACAGUGACAGAUUAUAAUCCUGAUGACAUCAGUGACAUCAGUGACAUCAACAUUGCCGAGUUCAUUAAGUCAAUGUCACAGAAAAAGUAAAAAGUGGGAUUAUGAAAUAUAUGUUGAUGGACCCGCUGGCUUCGAGGAAAAGUGAAAAAGACACAUUUUAGAGUGAUCAACCGAUUCUUAACAGUGUGAUGCAUUCGGACAAGACAUUUCAAUGUCUAUAAAGGCAAAUAAAACCUAUAGUUAAAAACCUUAGAAAGGACAUCCUCAAUAGAUUCUAUUUAUGAUGAUUUGUAAUAUAAAGCAGGAUUUUUCUGUCCGGUGAGAAUUGUUUUAUAAUGUAGACAUGAUUUUUGUUUGUUUAUAUAUUGAUAUUUUGAUAUCGGCUUUAACAGAAAUGAAAAGAAUGUCGUAGAAAUCUACUAAAGUGAAAAGGAAUACUAAACUUGAAUGGGCGAGCUUCCAGUAGGAAUAACUUUUUAUGUAAAUGUAGAACAAUGCUGGCAGGUUCAGCAGGAAUAAACCGGGAAAAGGGGAUUCAGAUAUGUGUUAGCAGAGAUGAAAUUUAGUAUAUAUGUUGUGGCCAGAACCUUUUUCAGAUAGGUAUUCCAUUGUUGUUACCUAAAUGUAUUACAAGAAAUUUCUAAAAGUGAGGCGAGGCUUUUUAAUGUGCAUCAUUGACCAAGAAUUGACAGGGCUGAUGUGGAAUUCUGGUGGGGUGGAUUUUCAUCUAUUUUUUGACAUUGAACAGUGCAUUGUAUUUAUAACCUUAAUUAUUAAUGAAAUAAUGUCUUAAACUCACUUGAUAUUUGUGUUUGUUGCCAUGCUUAGCAAGUUAGGCAUGAAAUGGUUGGCAGAUCAUGAUUUUUUAUCCGAAGUUUUAAUUAUGCGAUUUGUUUAACAGGUUUGUUAAUCUUGUAUCUGUAUGACAGAGAUGCUUUAUCAUGUAAAAGUACUUGUGCAUAAUACUGGUAUUUUUGGUUAACCAGCAUGUCAGAUCUUUGAAGUAGUUAAUCGAUCUGAUCAGUAUUUCAUUUUUUUAAACACAUCAUUUUUAAUCUCCUUGCAUGUCGGUAACCAAAACCCUUCAGUAUUUUAGUUAACAUUUCAUGAACACAUACAUUUGAACUUUUCAUGUUUGUGCCAUUUUAAUGGAGAGGGAAACGAGCCUACAAUUUCAUCCUCUUCACUCAGAUUCAUUUUCAUAUCCAUACAACAUCAUAUCCUUACAGCUUUUGAUUUAUCUUUGAAAUUGAAUAUAAGAAACCAAACUUUAGAUCACUGUUAUGUAUUAUACUAUAUUCGAGUGGGGGCAUUUCUGACGGGAUUAAAAUAGAAAGUUUGGUUGACAGAAGCAAUUGAAAUAUUUUUAAGGAUGAAAUGCACUAAAGAAUCCCACCAGGAAAUAUAAACCUACCACUUAAUUAUUCUAUAUUACAAGGAUUUUUUGCUUUGUUUUAUUUCAUGGAGAACAAUUUAUAGUUCUGGAGGAAUAAUAUGAUUGGUCCAUUUGUCUGUACACCUUUAUAUCUCCGACACUGUUAUCUACGUAAUAUGUAAAUUUACAAUUGUAAAAUCAAACGCACAAGUAGGGAUGAAGUAUUGAAUACUAAGAUUGGGUCUAGUACUCCUUAUAAUUAUGUACAUCGGUUAUCUAGUUUAUAUGGGGCUGCGGUGGCCAAGUGGUUAAGGUGUCCCGACACUUUAACACUAGCCCUCCACCUCUGGGUUGCGAGUUCAAAACCUACGUGGGGCUGUUGCCAGGUAGUGACCGUAGGCUAGUGGUUUUUCUCCUGGUACUCCAGCUUUCCUCCACCUCAAAACCUGGCACAUCCUUAAAUAGGACGUUAAACAAAAUAAACCAAAACAUCUGGUUUAUAUGGCAACCCUGUUGAAAUUAAAUCCCAGGAUAUCCCUUUGUUAACCAUACAUCAGUUUGCCUUGUUUGAGUAUCAACUACACUAUACUUCGUAAAUCCUUGGAAGGCGAGGGUGGCUUACAGAAACAUACGUACAAGUUUAUGACGAUUCAACAUGUGCAACUCUACCCAACCAAUUUGGGGGUUUCUAACUGAAAUUAUGUGCCAGACCUUUUGUUAAUUUGUGAUAAUGCACAAAAAUUGAGUGGGAAGAUAAAGAUAAAGUAACGUAUUUAAGAUUGCUUGCACUACCACUGUUGACUGAAUUUAAAAUUGCAUGUAUACAGACAUUAUGUACCCCUCGUGUAUAAACUUAGUUGUUUUGCUUCCGAUUUUGCACAUAUCUUGUCCAAAACUAGUCAACUAAGAUUAUAGCUGUAUAUACCAUUUCGGUAUUCUCUGUUGUGGUAUACCAUUUCGGUAUUCUCUGUUGUGGUAUACCAUUUCGGUAUUCUCUGUUGGUUCUUUGGUACCAGGGUAAGCACAGCUUAAAUUUACUACCAACAGUCUACACACAAUCCUUCUGUACUCUCUCUUCUUGUAUUCCUUAUUCAACAUGUUUUUAUACUUAAAUCAUAUUUUUGCAAUGGCAAUAAUCAUACACAGGUAAACUCGUAUACAAUGUUAUUGUUACCUUGGCACAUUGUUUUGCAAGGAGACAAUAUUUGCUGAUUUUGACCUUGGCUUUGUCGUGCGAUUUGCACACAAUGGAGAAUACUGUAUUGUAUUGGUUUCUCAUUAGCUCCAAUAACUUCCAUACUUGGUUUGUGAAUGACAAGUACUGCAUGAUUAACAAGCCUAGGGCCAAGCUGGUAAGUCGCUGGGGUUGUAGUUUAUAUUUUUUGUUGUAGAAAUAAUCGGUAAGAGAUUGAUACAUCAAACAUGUAUGCAAUAAAGAAUCAAAACAAUGA